AUGUCCAAUUGCUUCUGCAUCACCUGCCGCAAGAUAUCCGGGGCUCCCUAUGCAACUUUCGCCAGAUUUCCUCGGAGCUCGAUAACAUGGCUGAACGAGCCUCCUAAAUAUUUCCGGUCCUCGAACUUUGCUAAGAGGGGUUUCUGUGGCGAUUGUGGCUCGACUUUGACAUACGAGCUGGACGAGAGACCGGAGAGUGUCUCCAUAAGCCCUGGCUCCUUCGACGACUGGAGUGUUAAGGGGGAGCUCAUGAAGCCCACCGAUCAUAUCUUCCUAGGAGAAAAGGCUGUGUGGUUUGACGUUCCGAAUGACGGGCUGAAGAGGUAUACAGAAGAUGAUGAGGAGCCUGCAGCUGGAAAUGCUUCCUGA